AUGGUCAAGCUUGAGGAAGUCCCCGACGAGGAACUCUACGCCGAGCAGGUCGGCCCCAACGCGGGCGAGGACGACUGGGAUGACGCCUCCUCGACGACCUCAGACGCUAGCAGCGACGUGUCGUCGCUGGCGCCCGACGAUGAGACGCUGUGGGAGCGCGUGGCGGCGCUGCAGGACAUGAUCCCGGCGCACCAGCGCCGCUUCGCCGCCAAGUCGUACAGCAAUGUGUCGUCGUGGCUGGGCACCGGCCUGCGCGUCGGCGCCAAGUGCCUGUGGGUCGUCGGCAGCAGCGCCCUGCUGCUGGGCGUGCCGUGGGCCCUGGCCUACGCCGAGGAGCAGCAGAUGAUCGAGAUGGAGCGCGAGAUGAAGAUGCAGCAGAGCGCGAACGAGCUCCUGGCUCCUGGGGCCGUGACGCAACAGCCUGCUGAGGCCCGCCCGGCUUUGUAA